GCCCAAUUAAGGUCCAACGUUCUCAGCGUCGGGCGGGAAGGGGCAGAGGUAACCGAAGGCGAAAGAGUAACGCAGAGAGGGACGAAUGUUCAGGGAGGAAGUAGAAAGAUAGGCCCGACGGUCAUUUUCAUACACGCGACAUUCGCGCUCUAUUAAUAGCCGACGGCGCGACGAUCCAAAUAAAUGCGGAGACGUGGAAAAGAUUCGCGGGGCCGAUGGAUCCCCGAUAUCGGGGAUCCACAGCUUCGCAAAAUGGCCGCCUAUUCGCAUUGCCCGGUUUCCCCUCGCCGGGGGCCGUUGCACUCUCCAUUCCUUUCUCUCGCACGCGCCUCUUUCAACACGGACGGUUUUCGCGAUUUUCCUCCGCGGGAAGGAGACGGGGGAGGAGUCGGCGACGACGUAACCCGACGAUGAGGUCGAGGCCAAUUGACGAUGAACGUGAAGCCGUCGCUCUCGAGCGAAUCGACCGUGUCGAGUGCGUCAUCCGAUGACGAUUCCUCCGCGUCGACCUGAAAUAUUGCAUGCGCGGAGCAAGCGGACGCCCAUCGAGUUUUCGAGCCGAACCAUCGCGUCCAUCCCGCGCCCACGCGUUGCUCCCCCCUCUCCUCGUCCUCCUUCGCCGCCACUCUUCUCCGCCGGAAAUCGUCGGGACGGUCGACGGGACGGAAGUCGGAUGCGGGCGCUUUCAUAGAUGAAUCUCGUAUGCUCGACAUCCUGAAACCGAGAAUACGUUUGUAAUUCCCCGGGGGAAUCGUCGGAACGGGGGCUUUUGUAAAUUCCAUUCGGGAGAAGCCACCUUUCGAAGCCCCUUCACAGCGCGAAGUAUCAGUGGAAAUGUUGAGAACAGUAACACAUCGGUUGUGACCCCAACAGCGCGAGCGUCUACAAAGGAUGAUCUACUUUCUUCUUUUUUGUUACUUUUCUUAGAUGUCUCUCAGCAUCUCUGAAACUUUUUUCGCAGACACUCAGUGCCGUCCAGGACGUCGCUCUCGAAAUGUACGCUACGUUAUCGUUGGACUCCCGGUAAGUUCGGGCAUUUUUACGAAUGCUUUUACGACGCCAUUUUUUUUCAGUAUUUUUCCGGUGUUAAGGCUUUAGCGGAAUGACUGACUCGGAAUUUUAAGACAACGUUCUUUACGUCUAAAUUAUCAUUUUUAUCUUUUUUUUUCUUAUACAGCAGAUGUAAACGAUCGUAAACGGCUUUUUAGUUUAAGGCUCAAGAGAGACGGUCGUUACUCAAGACAAAGGUUUAAGGCAUAAAACAUGAUCUUGAGUUAUCCAACAAGCCAUUCCACCAAGGCCUUUACACUGCUCUAAGCACCCUCGGCGCGCGUUUCCGGCGUUCAGUUUCGACCGGUCGAACGAACACGGAUCGUAGAACACGCUCGCCGAGAUCACGAAUAGAAGAGCACGUCGGUGACGCAGGGUUAAUCAUGGCGCCAUGUGGUAGGCACUUCUCGCGGCCAUGAAAGCCACUUUACUAAAUUCGAUCUACGUCUCACGAGUGUGUCACAUCGCCGAGAAGCAUUAUACCGUUACACGCUCUUUUCACUUUAUCGCUGCGAUCCUCUUCCUCCUGCCCGCUGCCGUUUCGUCCAACGUUCCGAUGUACAAUUGCUUUUAAGCGGGAAAAGUGUAGUGGAGUGUAGAUGAGCUGAACAUUCAAUCGAGAAUUCGGAGUGUGUAAUGGCGUCGAUGACUAUUACCGAAAUGCUCGCUCGCGGAGUCAAUCGGGACGAACGUAUGUCUCUUUAUCUAUCAAUCGGACAUCGAUAUCAGCCGGCUGACGUGUAUCUUUCGCUCGUCGGAUAUGCUCGGCGAUCGCGAUAUCAGAGCGAAGAGUGUCUUGCCAAAUGUCCCCAAUGUUGCGAUAAACGUGCGCGAAGCGUCCUUUCGCCGCGUACCGUCGCUUCGCAGAUCCACGUCGAGUCUCAGGACCGGGUUUGAAAUUUGUAGGACUGCGUUCGAAAACUUCAGCCAGGUGCACUCGUCGAAGCUCGCGCCGUUCAGAGUUGCUCGAGCAGAAAAGAAGAUGGUAUUGUGGCCCUUGGUAGAUGUAACGGCCUCUUUUGUUAUUUCCGUUAUUAGGUGACGAAUUCUUACGUGAUUAUUUGUGGAAUCAUUUCUUUGGUAACCCGCCGUUGAACAUUUCGAAACGUUUUCGAGGUACGUUUAACAUUUAAUUGCACGUUCCUCAUGCUUAUUAAACUUGAAUGUACUGUACACUUGAGUGUCUUGCUUGUCAUUUAACAUUUUAUUCCGCGCUAUUCACAUUUCGAGUUAUGCAAACAAUAGUAUGACAUUAUUUAUUGACGUAACCUCCCACUAAAAUAAAUUUAAUACAGCCUCUUUUCUAAGGUUUUGAUAUCGAAGUAACAUAUCGAUAAGUCAAUGAUUCAAGUUUAGAAAUCAAUUUGUUUUGUUGUAAAAACUGUCUAUCUGACAGUUGGCAUUUAACUUCCAACAAGUAAGUCAGUAUCUACAUUCACGAUUAUAUUCAUUGUUGUUUCUUCUUCUCCUUCUAAAAGGGAGAGUUUAUUUUGAAUAAAUUUGUAACACUAUUUUUUAAACAAACUAAUUUUUUAAAUAUAUUUUAGUGGGAGAAGGAGGAGCACAUUACCACCCCUGUUUCUCUUCGACCUUACGCAGUGUCGCCACAUUUUUAUAAAUAAUAUCUUAAGUAAUAAAUAUUUCAUAAAUUUCAAUCUAGAAUCUAGAAUAGACUGAAAACACUUUGACGAAUGUAACAAAUAAGUUGAAUUUUCAACCAAAAAUAUCGAUUAUUAACAAAGUUAUUGUAACGUAAAUUUAAUCGUAAAACAUGAAUGGGGGGCCAUUAUAUCACGUUUUUCUCCACCGGUAACGGCAGCGGUGAUGUCAUUUGGAAACUGUGUACACUUUAGAUAGAAAAUUGUCCACCCUAAAGUUUCAGGGUGGAUACGAGUGACCUGUUGCGUCGGAAAUACUUUAAACCGCGGCAACGGAGCGCAUGAAUUGAUCGAAAGAAAGACAAGGUAAUAUAACUGGCGAAGAUAACCAACUCUAAAAUAUACAAUCCCCGAGGAUCUUCGAUAGUAUUUGAGAUGCGAUAGGUAGCGAGAAGUGAUAAAUCUGUUAUUUGCCGGAAACUACGCGCGCGCGUGCACACACACACACACACACACAUACUCGAAGUGAAACCUGUCCCCACUACCGUUCGCUCUACCCUGCUCUACCCUCAGGAUAGUAUUUCCGAACGCAGCCCGACACUCGUUCUCGAAGCGAACCAAUGCGAGGUGACCGCGUGCUACCUGUCGCGCUUUCGCAGAUGUUCGGAGGACCCGCAGGUCGAGGAUGACACAGCUGACGGGGUUGAAGAAGAAGGGAUCGUGAAUAAUAAUUGGCCCUGCGGAGCGCUAUGUUGCCCGCGGCGGGCAAGGGCGGGCGGAGAAAUCUGCGUGGAAGCGCGCGGCUGUCGUCCAAGAUGUCGGGAAGGCCGCCCCGGCUGCGUAUACUGCGACCGCGGCCGCAGCAGCAACAGCGGCCGAGGAGCAACUCCGUCGACUCGAGCGGGGCCGCCGAGCCGUCCCCGGAAGGUAACCUUAAAGAGCCGGAGAGGCUCGCGGACGUCGCGAAAAAACGCGACGCGGUGCGGCCGGCCGAUGCAAAGGCAGCAGCCAGCAGCAAUACAAAGACGACGAGCGCGAUGGCGAACGAGAUGCGCGACGAUGACGAGGAGGAGGACGACGACGACGACGAUGAUGAUGAGGACGAGGAGGAAGAGGAGGAGCUGAUGGCCGCCGGCGAGGACGAACAACAACCGAUGGACGUCGACUUGGUCGCGGGGGGACCCGAGCAGGUGAUCGAUCUCGAGCCGAACGAACGGAAUUCGUACGAAUGCAAGAGCUGUAAGCCCGUGAGGACGCUGCCAAGUAUCAAGGCCUACUUCGAGCAUCUGCGGAAGGAGCAUAAACGCAAGGGUAAAAGCGGGCACAGCACAGUAGAAAAUCGGUGCACUGCGUGUUCGUAUGUUGCGUUGAGCUUGAAAGAUCUCGAAACUCACCAAAGAGUGCAUCAUUUGAAAAGAAGAUUCUUUCGAUGUGCGAAAUGCUCCUACGUGACUCACGUCAGAGCGCGUUAUACUAAGCAUGUUAAAUAUCAUUCUAUGCCAAUGAUCAAGUGCGAUGCUUGCGAUUUUCGUACACCGUAUAAGUGGAAUCUAGAUAGGCAUACCAGGAAUCAUGGUGGCGCGGGUGCUUUCCAAUGUCGUGCAUGUAACUUUACUGCUGAUAUUCGACAGAGCUUGACGGUGCACGAGACGAACCAUCAUGACCCGCCUGUGGGUCAGGUCAACCGCAAGAAUAGCAAUCCCUUCGAACGUAAGCCACGAAACGGUGCGAAACGCUAUAAUCAGGUCGGAGCAAGUGACUUUCGAGAAGCGUUGAAUAAAUCUGGGAGUUCAGUGGUGUCAAGCCUCUCCGACACGUUCAUGUCGGAUCCAUCGGUAAUUUUAGUGGACGAUAAGAGGAACGCCAUAGCCGGCGCCGAGUGUAUCGCGUUGAAGUGCGAGGAGAAGGGUUGUCAGUUCAUAACAGCCUGGGAUUCCGAGAUGCAGCGUCAUUUAGCCGAGUGCCACGCGCCAGUCAUUCCAUCCAAGCCGAGGAAACCACUGCCAAUGUUAAUUCCACUGAAUACACCUAAUCCCAAACCGACCACCGUACCUAACAGCGGGCCACCUACGACUUUACUGAAGGUACCGCGAGUCAGAGUCAGGCCCGAAUUGGCGCAGAUCGCGAGAGAUACUGAGCUAGCCAAGAUGUAUGGAAAUAAGGAGGCGACGAAUUCCAAGAAGGGUCUCAAUACCGCCGCCGGUAUAUUUGAGCGAAAGAACGCCUCCUUCUUCGAUAAGCUUAAGGAAAAGUUAACGACCGCGACGUCGAUUAAUAACGGCGUGCCGGAGGUAGCCGUAAGUAGUGUGAACGACUUGAAAUGCUGGUGUACGUUUAAAGCUAGUAGCAUGGAAGAGCUGGCUUGCCACAAACAAACACACCACACUGCUCUCAGCGUAUCCGUGGGUACGACACGUUGUCCCAAGUGUAGAAGACGUUGCAAGAGCUCGACAGACCUUCAACUGCAUAUGCAAUACUGCCAUACGCGCAACGACUCGACCACCGAUAGUAGUUUAGAGAAAAUAACGAACCGUUCGGACGUCCGCAUGACCUCGUACCGUGGCGAAUAUGCUUUCCCAUCGCAGCUGGAUUGGGACGCGAAUCUCAGAGGACUAAAUUCGUCUGGAUCCUCGGUUGAAGGUGGUUCGACACAAACGAGCGGCCGGCGGGUGUUCAAAUGUCCCCAUUGUCCGUUUUGGGCUUCUACCGCAAGUCGCUUUCACGUUCAUAUAGUCGGUCAUUUAAACCGGAAGCCGUUCGAGUGUUCUAUGUGCGCGUAUCGGUCUAACUGGCGAUGGGACAUCACAAAACAUAUUAAGCUUAAAGCAGCUAAAGACGCAGUGCAUAUCACCGCCAGAGUACUCAUGACGGAUGAGGCUGGUCGACGGAAUUAUUCCAAGUAUAACAAAUAUCUCGCACAGGUGGAACAGCAAACGUGGGACGAGGAUCGCAUGGAGGAGCGUAGCGUAGAGGAAACGAGCUCGAACGAGCCGUCGACUAAGUUGCUAAUCAUAAACAAUAAGGAGUACAUUCCUAAUGCCAAUCGGAUGUCGAGUCCAGUUGCGAUCUUGUCACCGACCGACGGCGGUCGGAACGGUCAUAACGUCGACCUGAACCUGCGACCACCGCCGCCUUUGAAGGCGGCGAUCAGAGGCCGCGGGCAGUCCUUGCUCAAGAACAGUCCUAUCACGAUGAACGUGCAGAGUGUCGGUGGUACUAGCGGUGGCGCGGUCACCAUAUCCUCGGCUAUAACCGCGGACGAGAGCAGACGUACUCAAUGGAAGUGCAAACGGUGUAACUAUCGGGAUUCUAACAAGGACAACGUUUUGUUACACGUUAAGUCGCAUUACGAAUCCGUCGAUCAAGAGUCUACCGAAGAAAGGAAUCCAUUCGGCUGCGGAGAUUGUCCGUUUUCGGCACCCGACGCUGCUACUUUGUCCCUGCACAGGACGCACCAUCGGCCGAGCUAUGAAACUAUAUUCAAGUGCUACCAUUGUCCAUACUACGUUAGUACAAAGGCAGAACUGUUGGAACACUCUAGGCUUCACGGGGAGGAACUGGCGGUCGUGCACCAGCAAAGCAUGGACCUCCAGCUGUCCAACUCCAAGAGCAAGCUGCAGCAGGUGUUGAUCUCCGACAGCGGCGCUUUGCGGCCGAAGAGCGAGGCUUCAACGAUGGAACAAGUGAUUCAGAUAACAACGCGCAACAACGCCACGUCGAGCAGCAGCGCGUCGAAGAGCACGGGGGCUCCGCCGCCGCUUCUCUUGGACACACGUGCUCUUCCGGAAGCACCGUUGGUCUGGGUGACGCGCCCGGACAGCACGUUGACGAAGAUGCUCAAGUGCCGUCACUGUCCCUACGUAUCGUCACGACGCGCCGACGUGCAGGAUCACGAGGCGAUGCACUCGUCCAGCGAGGAGCCCGUGAUCCCUUGCGCAGACUGCAGCUUUACGUGCUCGCGCCGGGACGUGAUGAUCGCGCACACCGAGAUGCACGCCGGAUGCCUGGGCACUGUUCACUGCCUGGUGGACGAGUCUCGUCCCGACUCCCAACAGCUCAGCGACCUCGCCACUCUGCUCGGCUUGAGCCACACUCCGAUGCUGGGCGCCGAGCCGGAUCUGCGGGACACCCGGCUGGUACAUUGCUGCGACAAGUGCCCGGCGCGGUUCCUGUGCGAGAAGGAACUGCGCAUUCAUCUGCGAUACCACACCACCGACUUGGCGUACUCCUGCCAGUGGUGCUCGUACGCGGCACGCCAGCCGUCGCACCUCUCCGCUCACCAGAAGGCCCACUCCUCGGACUACCAGGAGCGCACCAAGGUCCUGCUGUCUCUGUACGGCCACUCCCAACGAUUCCCGCCGCCGGCGACGGCGUGCGUCGAGGCGGAGGUUCAGGAUGGCGACGACGUCGGGCCGAACGUCGCGUGGAUCGUCGUCGAGAUCAAUAGCUCGUACAACAGCGGCGACAACGGCGCUUCGUCGGCCGCCCAGAGGACCGGCAACCAGGUGUUCACGUGCGCCAAGUGUCCGGCGCGGUAUUUCAAGCUGGACGCUCUGGAGUACCACAUGACGCUGCACGGCUCGAACAAUCGGUUCAAGUGCAACGACUGCGACUACUCGUCGAAGACUGCGCAGAACCUGGUGAAGCAUCAGGUGGUCCAUCGCCGGCACAACGAGAGCAACAGCGAGGCGUCGUCGCCACCGGCUAACAUCGUCCAGGCCACGUCGCCGUCGCACACCGCCUCGUCGCCGGAUCCGCAGUUCGGCCUCUUUAUGCGCGGCAAUCCCAACUUCGUUUACCCGGGCUACCUGCGGAACGGCCGUCUCAAGGAGAAGCGCUACAAGUGCCACAAGUGUCCGUCCGCGUUCGAGAAGCGCGAGCAGUACAGAGUGCACUUGACGUUGCACGGUGCUAAGCAGCGCUAUCGCUGCGAGACUUGCGACUACUCGGUCAAGUAUUACGCAAACUACGCCCAACACCAGAAGAAGCAUCUGGCGAACGCGGAGGCGCAGGCGUCACGUCGGCAGCACGAGGACGACCGGAUCUCCGUGGAGAGCGACAGCGACGCCAUCGGACCGGCUUCACGCCCCGGCAAGUCUCUGAGAUCACCCGCCGCCGGUCCUGUUUACCUGUUCACCGGCAACAACAACGGCGCAUUCAACGCCGCCUACAACAACAACAUUACGCUGCAGCCCUCCAAUCAGGACAAGCAGAGCUUGUUGCUGAUGCAGCGAAAGGGCAUCAUCUCGUCAACCGGCGAGGUCGAACACGAGACUAUCCGUUGCCAGAGCUGUCCGUUCUCCACCACCGACAAGGACACCAUGGACGCGCAUAAACGCCGACAUGGCAUCGAGCGUAUGACGCCGCCCUGCCCGCACUGCGACUACGUGCCGCGUAAAGACGAGAACGUCGGUGACCACGUCAGGCUGCACUUCACCAGACUGUACAAACCUGAGUCUUAUCUCAUCGUCGAGCUGUUGACCCUGAUGAUGGAGAAGGCGCCCGUGAACGACAAGGAGGAGAAGCAGCAGCACCCGAAGGAGCUGCUCUUCAAGGAAUGCGUCGACGGUAGGUUCCUGCCCCUCGCGGAAUCCACGCACUCCCAUUCGUUGAACACUUCUUCUUCCUCAACCGUGAACGUGCUCAAGGAGAAAGUCAUCGUGGACCCGAACACGGGCGAGACCAAGCAUCUUUCCGUAUGAAAGUGUAGUGCCCGUAGAGCGAUCGUAAUUGCGAAUCACGAUCAUGUAUCGUGGGUAAGUUUGUACAUGAAUUUUCUAUAUACGAAGAGCGCGAGGAAGUGGUGGUACGUGAAAAUUACGCACGGAAAACCUUGUUGUCGGUUGAUCGACGAUGAUACCUGAUCGUACGGACAAUAGUCGGCCGAUAUUGUACAGUAGUAUAUAUAAUAGUUUUAUGACGAGAUGUUAUAUACAUGCUUUUUUCCAUUAUACAUCCGUUACUCGCCGCAUACACAUUAUUCGUAACACUGCGAUAACAUUCAAGUAACAAUGAGAACAGCGAGUGUACUUCAUGAGGUCGAUCAUCGUGUACUUUAUAUUUUGUUAAUUGGACAUUAGACGGUAUGUCAACCGUACUGUAAAUAUUACUUCGCUCUUGUAAAUCAUCAAAUAAAUCUCAAAUGUUUACAUUA